AUGGAAGAUAGUGCCCUCUUACCCGUCUCUGGCUGUCUGGUUCAGCUCUCGGGGGACGGGACAUCAAUUAGACGUGUACACAUGUGGGUGUCCCGUGACAGUCUUCCACCUCCAAGCGAUGGUAAUGGACCUGUCUCCGAAGCUGGAGCAGGUUGUAGGCAUCGGGUGACACAGGAGGGCAAGGUGGCGAAGAGUCUUUCGCUGGUUCGUCCUGUGGGGGCAAACAAGAGCUUGCCAAUGUUUACAGUUCUAAGAAGGUUCUCCAUCCUGUUUACAAUGUUUGCUGAAGGAGUUUUACUCAAGAAGAGUUUUUCUUGGGGUAUUAAAAUGACUGUAUUUGCAAUGAUUAUUGGAGCCUUUGUAGCUGCCAGCUCUGACUUGGCGUUUGAUCUGGAAGGAUAUGUUUUUAUUCUGAUAAAUGAUGUCCUGACGGCAGCAAAUGGUGCAUACGUAAAACAAAAAUUAGAUUCAAAAGAGCUGGGAAAAUAUGGUCUGCUCUAUUAUAAUGCACUGUUCAUGAUUCUGCCCACCCUGGCCAUUGCGUAUUUCACAGGAGAUGCACAAAAGGCGGUGGAGUUUGAAGGCUGGGCUGACAUCCUCUUUCUUCUGCAGUUCACCCUCUCCUGUGUGAUGGGGUUUAUCUUGAUGUACUCCAUAGUACUCUGCACUCAGUAUAAUUCUGCUCUUACAACUACAAUAGUUGGCUGUAUUAAGAAUAUAUUAGUAACUUAUAUUGGAAUGGUGUUUGGUGGAGAUUAUAUUUUCACAUGGACAAACUUCAUUGGCUUAAAUAUCAGCAUUGCUGGGAGCCUGGUGUAUUCCUACAUCACUUUCACUGAAGAACAGCUGAGCAAACAGUCAGAGGCCAGUAACAAGCUGGACAUUAAGGGGAAAGGAGCGGUGUGAUCAGAGGAUUGCUUCAACUAUACAGGCCCAAGGUUUUGAAUAUCUCAGAACACUGGCAGUUCCUACGCAGAUACUGAGGUGUCUUCAUGGAGAAAGUACUAUUCCUUUGCACUUGUACAAUCUGAUGAUUGAUUGCUGCCUUUUAAAAUUUUAUGAUGAGAGAAACUUA